AGUCCCGCUCCCGCCCGAAGAGGACUCCAGCUAACCAGAACAAACAGCGGGGAGCCCCGCCGCCACCCCCCGCGUGAGAAAAGCUGCAACGCCACCCAACCCCUGCGCGCUGCUGCUGCUGCAUUCCGGCUGCAAGGUGUCCGAGAGGAGCCGCAGCUACUUCCCCUCCCCACCCGCCGCGAAUAGCGGCCAGGGAAAACCCCAGCGAGCUUUUCACCUGGCUCCGCAGUACACUGGGGCUCAGCCCUGGCCGCGCUCCGCGGGACGCUGGGGGGAGACCAGCUCCUCUGGUGCACGCAUCCGAGACCUGCCUGCACCAAGGGACCGCCCCCUGGCCCCCUCUUAAAGUCACACACAAAGCCAGCAUGUGGGGCCUUUGGUUUGCCCCCCAGCGCCGCGCUCCUCCAAACGCCCACCGGAGGCUGGAGGCGACUGCAAACGCGCGUCUGCCAACGCGCCGCGGCAUUUCCAAAGGGUUUGUGUUUAGCAACGCAAAGCCCGUGACCCUCCUUGGCAGUCCAGGCAGGCGCUGUUCCGGGUGAGCUUUAGCGGUGCAGACUCACAGCCCCCGUGCACGGUGCCCCUCAGCCAAAUCUCCCCCCGCCCAAAGUUUUGUCUGGUCGCCUUUGUUACUUGAAUGUCCCGCCUGAGCCGCGGUGCUGCGGCAGGGGGAGGCGUGUGAAACUCUUGCAGCCUUUUCUCUCUCUCUCCUUUUUCUUUAAAGACCAAAGCGCUUAAACUUCCUGAAAUUGUUGAAUUGCAGCCGAGCGGACUUUUCUUCUUCCCCCCUGGGGCUCGAAACUAACAGAUCGAGGCAGGCUCCAAAACAGAGAGAGAAACCAGCAGCAGCGCGUUUCCUUUAGGGGACUCCCUGGACUUUCCCCUCUACCCCCUUUGCCUCUCCUGGGAGGAGCCCCGCAAAGGGCACAUUGUAAAAAUAAGACCUGGACCGGAGCCAGCAAGCGUAACAUUCGCAGUGACAGUGGUCAGAUCGCGGCGGAUAAAGUAGGAAUUCCUUCACCCGCUGAUGUGAAGAGUCUCAGGAAGGAGCUGAAAUAUUUCCAGCAGCUGUUGGUUGUUGCAUCUUAUCUCCGUCUCCAAACGCCUCGAUGCAGCCCUAACUUACACUAAAAAAAAAGGGGCUGAACCCUUGGAUUUGAAGGAAGGAGGCCCAGUGUAUGCCAGUUAAAUCACGACCUUGAUGCCCUCCAUAGUUUAACUUUCAAGGGGAGAACACUUCUGGCCUCUCUGACACCUUUCAGUCCGACUGAAUCUAUGACUGGGGGUUCCACCCUAGCCCCACCCUUUGCUGUCCCAUUCCAGAAGAUGGGUUCAUUUCGAAGGCCCAGGCCUCGCUUCAUGAGCUCCCCGGUGCUCAGUGACUUGCCACGGUUUCAAGCAACACGCCAGGCUUUGCAGCUAAGCUCCAACUCUGCCUGGAACAGUGUUCAAACAGCAGUGAUAAAUGUGUUCAAAGGGGGAGGCUUGCAAAACAAUGAACUUUACACCCUCAAUGAAAACAUCAGACGUUUGCUAAAGAGUGAACUUGGAUCCUUUAUCACCGAUUAUUUCCAGAACCAGCUCCUCGCGAAGGGCUUGCUGUUUAUAGAGGAGAAGGUUAAGCUGUGUGAAGGCAAGGAUCGCAUUGAUAUCCUGUCUGAAAUCUGGGAUCACUUCUUCACGGAGACCCUUCCCACGCUCCAGGCAAUAUUCUACCCUGUCCAGGGUCAGGAAUUGACUAUCCGCCAGAUUGCCUUGCUUGGCUUCAGAGACUUGGUCUUAUUAAAGGUGAAAUUGGAAGAAAUUCUUCCUCUCGUCCAAACAAAGCUCCCAGCUUCCAUUGUCCAGAUGCUGCUGAUUCUACAGGGUGUCCAUGAACCUACAGGCCCCAGCAAAGGCUACCUACUGCUGGAAGAACUGGUUAAACAGGUGGUCUCACCAUACCUGGGCUUGUGUGAGGAUCACAGCUUUCCUGGUGGCACCUGCACGCUCGAGAGACGGCUUUCCAGAUGUCGUCCCAAGGCAAACCUGCUGAGCUACUCUCCCCACAGCAUGGCGGCUCGGCAGCCCAGCGAGACGGCCCUGACACCACUGACAGAGCAGGAGGGUGAAGCGUACCUGGAGAAAUGUGGCAGCAUCCGUCGCCACACUGUUGCCAAUGCUCACUCGGACAUCCAGCUCCUGGCCAUGGCCUCUGUAAUGCACACGGGGAUGGUGAUAGAAGAGCCAGACAACAGUGACAAAUGCCUCCUACUGCAGCCCGCCUUCAGCCACAGGCAAUGCUCCAGUGAGCCCAGUAUCAUUGAUGGGCCGGAGGGACUGGUAGCAACGGGCAGGCAGGAAUCUAUAGAACUGAACUGCACAUCUGUCAGCUAGAAAGAAUCCUUCCAAGGUAUCCCCUCCAGGGGAGAGAACCAUGCAUGCUAAACCAGACGAUGGGCAGUUGUGUUCCUGCUGGGAACGGUGGUGCACACAAGCCUUGGGGAUGUAUUUGCACAUGUUGUGGGAACGUUCUAUAUUCUCAUGUCUCCCUAGAUUUUUAUAUAUGAUUUCGCAGGAUCAUGGUCAGAGGAGGUACGGGGCUACUCCCAGCUGAGCAUUCAGGGCUGUCAGGGUUUCAGUGUUAAAUGCUGCUGCUGUCUCUGUCUUCUGUGGAGUUUCUUCCUGAGCUGCUCAACAUUCAAGUUCCACUGCUGUCGCUCUUCAGUUUCUUUUUCACGAAAGAAAUUAAUCUGAACAUGUUUCAAUCUCAUGCCAAACUCCUUGGUUUCCUUCAAUGGAGCCCACCCACAAUUCCCAGCAGCAAUUAGAGAGGAUUGUGCUAAAAGCUGCCUUGGUCCUUGCCGUCUAUUGCUACUGUUGGUGAUGCCUGGGUUGGGUUUUUCAUUUAAAUGUAUUGUACUCAGG